AUUUCUCAUUGCGAGAUUCGGCUUCACUUUCACUCCUCCGCGUUUCAUACACUGUCCCUUCGUUUCCACAUGUCUCUCUCUCUGUCUCUUUCGAUCUCUCCUUCCUUGAAGAAAUUGCGAAGAGACUUGACAUUUGCGAGAAAAAAAUGGGUUAUAUAGGAGCACAUGGAGUAGCAGCGUUGCACAGAUACAAAUACAGUGGAGUUGAUAAUUCUUAUCUCGCCAAAUAUGUAUUGCAACCUUUUUGGAGUCGUUUCGUCAAAAUCUUCCCCCUAUGGAUGCCACCGAACAUGAUAACACUUACUGGAUUCAUGUUCUUACUUACCUCUGCUCUGCUUGGAUAUAUAUAUUCGCCCCAUUUGGACUCACCUCCACCAAGAUGGGUUCAUUUUGCACACGGUUUACUUCUUUUUUUGUAUCAGACUUUUGAUGCUGUUGAUGGGAAGCAAGCAAGACGGACAAAUUCAUCUAGUCCAUUGGGCGAGCUUUUUGACCAUGGCUGUGAUGCACUUGCAUGUGCGUUUGAGGCCAUGGCUUUCGGAAGCACUGCUAUGUGUGGAAGAGAUACUUUCUGGUUCUGGUUAAUUUCAGUUGUUCCAUUUUAUGGAGCAACAUGGGAACACUAUUUUACCAACACCCUUAUUCUUCCGGUGGUCAAUGGACCUACAGAAGGUCUUAUGCUGAUCUAUGUAGCCCACUUUUUUACAGCCUUAGUUGGUGCUGAAUGGUGGUAUCAGCAUUUUGGGAAUUCUAUCCCCUUCUUGAGUUGGGUGCCACUGAUUAGUGGGAUCCCAACUUACAAAGCUGUAUUAUAUUUGAUGUUAUUCUUUGCUGCUAUACCUACACUUUACUCCAAUGUGUCAAAUGUCUACAAGGUCAUUCAUGCUCGAAAAGGAAGCAUGUUACUGGCUUUGGCAAUGCUUUACCCUUUUGUUGUGCUUGUGGGAGGAGUGCUUGCAUGGGAUUAUUUGUCUCCAUCUGAUAUAAUGGGGAACUAUCCACAUUUAGUUGUGUUGGGAACUGGACUUGCGUUUGGGUUCCUUGUGGGAAGGAUGAUUCUGGCUCAUCUGUGCGAUGAACCCAAGGGAUUGAAAACUAGCAUGUGCAUGUCGCUUUUGUAUCUUCCUUUUGCGAUUGCAAAUGUACUUACUGCCAGACUAAAUGAUGGAGUUCCAUUAGCCGAUGAAUUCUGGGUUUUGCUUGGGUAUUGUGCAUUUACAGCGGCCCUCUAUCUCCACUUUGCCACAUCUGUUAUUCAUGAAAUUACGACGGCUUUGGGAAUAUAUUGCUUCAGGAUUACCAGGAAAGAAGCUUGAAAGUUCCUCGAUGCUUUUGUUUGGGGGAAGAUUUUUAUUAGUGCGCAGUUAGAGCAAUGCAGCAAACCCAGAAUCUGGCAUAUCAUUUUUUAUUUGUUUGGACCAGACCCGGUGUGUUGGGUUCAUACAACACUUUUCUAGAUUAUAUAUUAAGUCUCUGAAAUGGAGUUAGGUGAUUUUGUUAGCCAUAUAAAAAAACAUUACUUGUGAUAGUAAAAUUUUAUUACUGAUAGUUUCCUGUCUAUGGGAUUUGAGUAUCUGGAUUCUGCUAUGUAGAUUCUGGAUGAGUUUUGGGGCUUCAUGUUGCUACGUUUUUUGUUAGAUGAAGGGAAAGACUAAUUUUAUUUA